UCCGCUUCGGGACAGUCCUGCUCUCGCGCUCCGAACUCUCGCGAGACGAAAACGAAAUUCCAGCAGCAAAUCUGCGAGCUCGCGACCUCCCUCCAUUGGGAAAGCUCGAGCUGAACUGAAGGGAGAGAAAACAGACCCUGGCUAGCCCUGGAAAACCUUUUAAACGAUGCGUUUGUCGCAGCUCAUGGAGACGUAGCGCUCGAGAGAAGAAGACAUGCCCGGUACCGGCGGAGGCUCGCGGAACAGAGCGAUUCUGAAGCGCCGCUAGAUGAGCUAACUGACGCUAACUAAACUUCGAGCCUGAGAGAGAAUUUGCCUUUGGGAUUAAACACCAGGAUAUACCUCCAGUUUUUCCGUUUUUUCCAUCUCCUCCUAGAAGCUCCAGCUCAGUUUGUCGGGAGGAACACGUGAAAUAAUCGCUUUGUUUACCGCUUGCACAAUUCCAGCAUUGAUUCGCGCAGAAAUGAGAUUAGAGAGUCGCUUUGUGAGGCAGGCCAUGAACUCAACCACAUCAUUAACUGGAGAUCUGCUUAUAUAAACCUCUCACAUUCUGCUGCUGGAGAAAAUAGAAGAUCUCGAGGCGUAAAGCUGCUGUUCCCGAUCAUGUUUUGCAUGUCAAGAAUCGGAUGAAAGAGCAUCGGGAUUAUUACUGUCUUCUGUCUUCUGUUCAUUGCUGGGAUUUUUAAAAACACGCACAAAUAGAGGAAUAAGAUGUCUAGUGCGAAAGAAAACACGUGUAGGAAAUUUCAAGCGAACAUUUUCAACAAAAGCAAAUGUCAGAACUGCUUCAAGCCUCGAGAGCUGCAUCUGCUGACGGACCAGGAUCUGAAUCAGGCCAAGCCGAUCUAUGGCGGAUGGCUGUGUUUGGCUCCAGAGGGGACGGACUUUGACAAUCCCAUGCAGAGAUCCCGGAAAUGGCAGCGGCGAUUCUUCGUCCUGUAUGAACACGGCUGCUUGCGCUUCGCACUGGAUGAAUCGCCAAGCACGUUACCCCAAGGGACCGUCAACAUGAACCUGUGCACUGACGUGAUCGACGCCGAGCCCAGGACGGGACAGAAGAACGCGCUCUGCAUCGUCACCCCCGAGCAGGAGUACUACAUCAGAGGAGACAACAAGGAGAUCAUCAACGGAUGGACUGAACAGCUAGUGGUUUAUCCCCGAACCAACAAGCAAAAUCAGAAGAAGAAGCGCAAAGUGGAGCCAGCAACCUCACAGGAACCAGGCCCAGCGAAGGUCGCGGUGACCGGCUCGGGCAUCCCUGAAGCGGAGAAGACGCCAGACUCCAGUUCCAUCAUAUGGCAAGAGGAGCUGCAAAACAGAGAGGCGGACGUUUCCCAGACAUGGACCGCCAGCGACAUGCCACCUCUCGGCUCACCACUGCCCUCUGCAGGUGAGGGAUCGAUGGCGAGCCGGUGCUCCGAUCAGAGCUCGGUGAACGGUGACGAAGUGGAGCGGAGCGGGCUCUCCUUCCACUCGGCGGUUUCCCAGCCCUCUCACGACCCGCUGUCGCCCACAGGCAGCUCGUCCAGCCGGCACAGCGCAGAGAUGGGAGGCGUCCCGCGCUGCCUGUCUCCUGCUCCCAGCGACCCCUUCCCAUCUGGCAGCAGCCUACUGUCCAACGGUUCCCACAUUAGCGGCUCCAUGAGUUCUCUGGACUCGGAUGCCAGCGGCAGCACCGUCACCAGCACCGACAGCCACCCGGCCGAACCGAUGGGACGCCCGCACCGCGCUCUGCCCCGCCGCGGCGACGCCGCCGACCCUCGCAAGCCGGAGAAACGCAGCCGCCUCCGCAGUCCGGAAAGACAGGACAAAGAGUCUGUGUUCAGCCCGGAGAGAAGUGGCCGCUCGAAUGUGAUCGAGAAGCUGGAGGCGUUGGAGCUGGAGCACGCUGAGCGGAUGGAGGUGGAGGAGACGAGCCGCGGUGGAGUCAGACAGGGCCGCAGUGAAAUGAGACGCUUCCAGAGGGAGGAGCAGAAGAUGGACCCGGCGCAGGGUUUAGACUUCCAUCACUCCACCCUGCCUCCUCUGAGAAGAGCCAAAUCACUGGACCGCAGGACCACCGAAUCAGUCAUGACCCCAGACCUGCUGAACUUCAAGAAAGGUUGGAUGGUGAAACUUGAUGAACAAGGCCAGUGGAAGAAGUAUUGGUUUGUGCUGACAGAUCACAGUCUUCGAUACUACAAGGAUUCUAUCGCUGAAGAGGCGUCUGAUCUUGACGGAGAGAUUGACCUCAGUACAUGCUAUAAUGUUACAGAGUAUCAGGCUCAGCGGAACUAUGGCUUCCAGAUUCAUACUCAAGAGGCGGUGCACACGCUCUCCGCCAUGACCGCAGGAAUACGGCGCAACUGGAUCCAAGCAGUCAUGAAAAACGUCCGGCCGUCCACCGCCCCAGAUGUUGCGAGCCUGGCGGACGAGCACGGCUCCUGUGGACAGUUUGAGAGUCUAGCCCGGCCUGACAUCACUCAAGACUCCCCGUCCUCUGAAGCGUCAGUAGAGCGGGAAGGUGGAUUAAAGAAGAGCCGGGCGAGAGAACGGAGGCGAGAAGGAAGGUCCAAAACCUUUGACUGGGCCGAGUUUCGUCCCAUCGCCCAGGCUCUGGCCCAGCAGAGAGCGCACGAGGCCGACACCUUCCAGGCCGAGCUGACGGAGCGCAACAAGAGGAGGGAGGAGCGCCGGAAGAGGUACGAGAGCGUCACCGGCUCAACCUUCGACGCUCCUGCUGCCGACACUGCGAAGAUGGACUUUGAGAGCGGGGGCGUGGUCCAGGUAGAUGCUCCGCCCCCAUCGGUGGAGCGGCAGCAGAGAGUGGAGGACGAGAUAGAGCAGCGCUGGCAGCAGGUGGAGAAGACGCCCAUCAGGGAGGAGAGGAGGGUGCCUUUGCCCUCAACCCAUCAGAGCAGAGACACAUCAGAGCUGGAGAAACUCGUUGAGAGCUACAAAAAAGGGGUUGAGGAGCUGAAAGCUCAGUUGGAGAGCUGCCACCAGCAGUUAAUGGACUCCAAUCGGCACAAGCUGGAGCUGGAGGGUCAGCUCAAAAACGCUCUCGAGCGGGAACAGCAGAUCCGCGCUGGUUACAUUUCACCGCUGGAGUCCCCUUUGAGUCUUGAGACAGAGCCCCAGAUGAAGAGGACUGAACUGGUUAGUUCUCAAGCUCAGAGCUUAACAAAGAAGUACCAGGAAACCAAAGAGCUCCUGCAGCUGCAAGAACUGAAAAAGCGCAACAUGCAGGCACAGCUUGGCCUUUCUCUCUCACACUGGCCCACAAAGGAACCUUGCCUUUCUGACACCAAAAAAACUGCCACCUCAGAGGUCUGUCCCUCAAACUCUGUUCAAAAAACGGUCAGUUUCACGCUUCAGGAUAGUGAGGGAAAGAUUAGAGAGCUCGAGGGCUUGAUAGACACAAGCGAGCCUCUGACGUUGAGGGAGCUGAUAAAGCUCAUGCACUCGCAUAGUGAAUACGUUUGGGUAGAAUCUCUUCAAGGACAGGAAGGAAGUGAGCACAGUAGGUCAGUAGGCGAAAUGAUGCAAUGCCAGAAACUGUUGGAAAGCCUCAAGAACCAACAGGAAAUUGAGAAUGAGACAAUGAGGAAAAGCUUGGAAAGGGCUGGAGACUGUAUCCGAGACUAUGAAGCUCGUUUGGUCAACAUGGAGGACAUGUUGGGAAGAGUCCAGAUGCAGAAAUCGGAGAAUCCGUGUGCGUCAGGUUGCUAUAGAGAAGACCAUCCUGAAAUGACCAGCAGAGAUCUGUCGCAGCAGGUGGAGUUGCUUGCGAACGAAAACGUAGCUUUGAACCAGCGCUAUCAGGAGAUCGUUAACCAGUUGAGAGAAGCGGAUCGAGAAAUAGACAGGCUGAAAGCUGAGCUUUGUAGACUGCAUAGCAGUCAGCAAUACACGCAAGCCAACGUGAACCGGGAGCAGGAAGACGACGCUUAUAAAAAUGUGUACGAGCGAGAACUCAAUGAAAAAUCUCUGAAGCUGCAAGAGGCUCUUGUGAAAUUGGAGACGCUCGGUAAUAAUUUGAAAGAUACAGAGAAAAGAUUGCAGUUAAAAGAAGCCACUCUUAGGGGUCUUGGAUUUCAGAUGGCAGAAAGCGAAGGCGAUAAAGAGUUCGAUUUGGAGAAAGACGAACUCAAGCGCCAAUUGGAGGUCCUUCAGUCCGAGCUUUCAGAGAAGGAGAAGAAGCUUCAGAAUGCUGAGCAGGUCUGUCGAGAACUUCAGCACCAGAAUACGGAGCUCCUUACAAAACACGAAGAGACCGCAAGGAUGUUUAGUCAGAUGCUUGAAGAUUCGCGAAUGUUGAAACCGAAGGCAGGAACGUUUGGUAGUGAACCAGAAACCGAAAGUGUUGAGUUGAUGCAGAGAGAAGAAUCGGUCACAAAUGAAGAUGUAAUUGAGAAGGUCGUGGAAGAGUUCAAGAGGAAGUCGAAGUCUCUUAAUCAUGUACUUGACAUGUUGGUAAUUGGCAGUAAGGCAACUACAGAAUGGGAUUUGUCCAGCACCAACAUUUUGGAUGAGAAUCAGACAGGAUUGAUGUUCGAGAGAAGGAUUCUACGUGAAGUUUUAGGUGGUUUAGAGGACGGUCAGAAAGGGCAGACCCUUGAAGAUGCAAGAAACGUCAUUGAACGUAUGCUAGUGGAUAAUAAAAUGCUGCUGCUUAUGAAUAAUAUCUCCAACCUCCAAGAACGUGCAACUUGCACAGAUGAAAGCACUGGAAAAUGGAGUGAAGAGACGAUGAAAUCAAAUAUUUUGAAUCGCUGGUUUGAUGAUGCCACCAAUCCCUGCGUUAUGAAGAGUCUCGCUGAAGUCGUUGAGAAGAAAGUGGCGUUAUUGAAUCGGACCGCCUCGGUUCUUGGGGAACGAACAAAUGAGCAGCUAGAGUCGUUGGCUUUGGCUCUUUCGAGCUGCGAUACUCAAAGAUGCUGGUCCGAGUACAUUCGUGAGGCCAUAAUGGACGUAAUGUCCAUGUACUUUGUAGUUCUGCAGAUCUUCCCAGAGAUUAAACGGUUAGACCUGUCUGCGUGUGCAAAUUGUGCUUCUUUGAGAGCACAGCUUCAGUCUGAACUUGAGGAGAAGCAGGUUGCGUCAAGCGAUGUCCACAGUGGAGACUUGAUGGCAGUCACCCACAUUCAGAUCGAAGGAGAACCGAUCGACUCUCUGGACAAGGCCAUACAGCUUCAGGACUCGAUGGCUAAGCAUAAAAAGGAGCUGCGAGAAUUGAAGGAGGUGUACGAGCAAGAAGCAGAGAAGCUGAGAGGGGAAGUGGCCAAGGCUGCUGAGACUCUGAAGCUGAGAUCCGAGGAGAACGUGAAAGAGAUCGACUCCCUGACAGUGUGCAUGGAGAACCUCAAGAAGAAGCACGAGAUGGAGUGUAAUAACUUACAAUCCCGCUUCAAUCGAGAGAUGGAAGAGCUUACGGAUGCCGUCGGACCUGUUGAUGAAGAACCUGGAGGGGAUGGCGAGCCAAACUCGAGUUCCCUCAAAGUACGGAUCCAAAAGCUUGUGUCCCGGGUGUCCGAAUUGACUGAGGAAAUGAAUCGGCAAGAGCGUGAUGGGGAUGCAACGUUGCUGCGUCUGAAAUACGAGAAAGACUUGGAAAACCUAAAGGCUACGUGUGAACGAGGCUUCGCUGCCAUGGAAGAGUCUCACCAGAAGGUAAUAGAUGAGCUGCAGAAAAAGCACCAGCGGGAACUGGAGAAACUGCAGGAAGAGAAGGAGAGACUGCUGGCAGAGGAGACCGCGGCCACGAUCUCUGCUAUCGAAGCGAUGAAGAACGCACACCGGACGGAGCUGGAGAGGGAGUUGGAGAAAGCGCGCAAGGCCAACAACAACACUGAAAAUGCAGACAUCGAGGAAAUCCGCAAACAGCACGAGGAGGAGCUGAUGUCAUACCAGAGGGAGAUCGAGGUGUUGUCGGAGCAGUAUUCUCAAAAGUGCUUGGAAAACGCUCAUCUGGCCCAAGCGCUGGAGGCCGAGAGGCAGGCGCUCAGACAGUGCCAACGGGAGAACCAGGAACUCAAUGCGCACAACCAGGAGCUAAACAAUCGUCUGGCAGCUGAGAUCACGAAGAUGCGCUCGAUGGCGAGCGAGGACGGCGGAGACGCUGGCGGUGUCAUGCAGGGGAAGGAGCUGUAUGAGCUGGAGGUAAUGUUGAGGGUGAAGGAGUCAGAAGUGCAGUAUCUGAAGCAGGAGAUCAACUCUUUAAAAGAUGAGCUGCAAACUGCCCAAAGAGAUAAAAAAUAUGCAACCGAUAAAUAUAAGGACAUCUACACGGAGCUGAGCAUCGUACGGGCCAAAGCGGAGCGGGAUCUGGGCCGCCUGCGUGAGCAGCUGCAGCAGGCCCACGAUGCACUGGGUGAGCCCACGCUGGAGGACGUGGAGCGCGGCGGUUACGAUAUCAUGAAGUCCAAGAGCAAUCCUGACAUUUUAAAGAUGGCGGCUGCGGCAGCCAAGCGCUCGGAGCGCACCAUGAGGUCAAAGAGUCUGAAGGAAGGUUUGACGGCUGAGCAGAGGCUUCACCUGUUCGACAACAAGGACACGAAGGACUUCUGACACGGCCUCGCUGCAUGUUCAUAAAGACCCAGCGUAUUUUAGCCCAGUAAUUAAUCACUUAGAGACACUGAUCACAGCGUAUAUUAAACAUGGUAUGAAGUUUGAGUUUUAUAGUCUGCAUUUCAUGCACUUCAGUUACUGUGACAUUUUGUUCGUUGGUUUUCAUCGCCAUGUCUUAAUGUAAAUACUUUGUUUUUAAUGAAGCAUCUAUCAUGCGUACACUAAACACGACUGUGUAAGCUACUGUUUUAACUCUUUAGUUUGUGUGGAGUGGAGUAAGUAACCACGUAACGACUCGACGCUACAGAUCGCCGACAGUAGAGGAAUCACGCGUGAUGCGCUCCGUAUGCUCUGAAAAUAGCCAACGCUUGCAUCGUUCAACUGCUGCGUCUCCGAAAGUCUUCGAUCCGGACCGUUUGUUGACCGAGAGACUGGAGAACAUGAAUUAUUAACGGUCCACUCACGAGAUUGGGAGGUUUUUUCUUUCUUCAAGCUGAUAAAGUCUGUAGUGUUGUUCAGUGGCAGUCCUUUGUAUUUAUUUAAAUGUUAUGAAUUUUUGUCUCACAUUUCCAUUCAUCUAUACAUUAUUGUAAAUAUACCGCAAAUGUACACGAACUGACGACAGGUUUAUUAGCAAUAAAUAUUUUUGCACCCUC